AUGUGGGUGAGCGCACCGAAUCAGCCAGGCGGGAUCGAGAGUGCAUUCCAUCUCUACACCCGCCUCCAAGGGGACCAACGUCAUCCUGCACCCCCAAAACGCUUGGAAAAUAUUCCCAAUUGGCGGACAUCGUUUCCCCAUCUCAACUCAGUCAUGGCAGAUGUUAACAACCCACUGAACUGUGAUAUCAUCCUACUGGAGGCCAAUCUUCGGUUGAUGGAUGAUUUCCCUCCGUCCGGCUCGAAACUUGGGAUCCAGCUAGAGUUAGACUUCACCCAGCCUCCCAACGGCGAUGCACUGACGAACCAAAUGGAGAACUGGUCGUGCAGCACGUAUAUCUAUGAGGAAGGUCAAAACAUAUAUAGGGCACGCCAAGACCUCCCUAAACAGCAAUCGAACAAAGUGAAACCUCCAUUUGAAUCUACGUGGUGGGCAAAACGUUUCACGGAACUCACGGAAAUCGCCAAAGACAGACAAUUAAACGAGCUUGCCGAUAGGCAAACGAGAGACUACUUCCGCACCUUAACAGCAGUCCAAGAAAUACGGGCUACUCCUAGUUCUCGUCGCGUAUCGAACCAGUACCCUGAUAACUCCCAGGAUGACAGCAAAAGAAUGGCCAUCCUACUUUGGCAAUUCCGGCAAACGCGAUCGAACGAAGUUGGCACUACCACAUGGCGCCGGGUGACCUCGCCAUCCUCCGACCGUAAUACAAUCCCUAGCCCGAAGCCCGUAACGGGGAUCGACCUCCCUCCCCUGUCCUUUUAUGCAAACUCUCUAGCUAGGCCUGCCCCAAGCAUUUACCAAGCCCCUCAGUCACACGACUUGGUGCAUCAUAAUGGUACUUCGCAACCCCAAUGGUCGAUGUACCAACCACCACAGGACAGUAUAUUCAAUGCAAACGGAGGCUUUGACCUUCUCAAUUCUAUCACCAAGCCAGAAGGUGGCCUUCAUGACAAGACUGCCGUCACCUCAGUGCUAGACACCUACCCCAAUCUCCAACCUGAAGUCAGCCAGCCCACGAGCCUCAAUGGUUCUAAUGGAGGACCAGGGAUGCUUAGCAUACCCGAUAUGUCCCUUUCACACACUAAUCUCAAUGCGUACAACCUUAGUGGGCAUGAUAACCACUACGGCACGCCCCAGCAUCCUGGGGUGAGCGUGCCUGAUAACAGCCAUGUCUUAAACAAUGGCAUAUUUGGAUCCAGCACCCAAUCGAUCGAUGACAUGAGUCAGACCCAUGCACCUUGGCCGACUCCUACUUCGAGUAUCACUGAUGUUGGCUCGAGCAACUAUAGCCACCUGCAGUUUUCUGAUCACCAUGUGCCGUCGGUCUCACGAGAGUCCCAUCAGCCCAACCACUUUGAGGUGUUACUGGGCCCAGACGAUCUCAUUGUGGGGAGUAUGCCUGGUGAUCCUGGCAUCAAUGGGGCGGCUCAUGGUCACAUGAAUCACACCUAUACUGAGAACAAUGCGGUUGAGGCUGCGUAA